AUGAAAAAUUGUAUUAUUUUGCUAUUCUUCUCACUUCUCGGCUCGGUUUCCACUGGAGUCAUUGCUAAAACUGAUGAGAAUUGCUUAAAUUGUGUGUCACGUGGCAAGGAAUGGUGUAGUUCGAUGAAAUCUUGCGAUGUGUUAUGGUGCCCUUCGGAACACUCAGUUUUUAACAAAAUCAACUGUCCACAGGAGGAGCGUGACUCGAAAUUUGAAUACGAUGAUGAUUUUGUGAGGAAGAAGGUGCUGAUUACAACGGCAGCAGUGAAUUCGAACGAUCCGCAGUUUUGUUUUGACAACCAAAUGCCCACUAUGAGAGUAUUCAACACAUAUGACGUCAAUUGUUCUUCCCUUCCACCGGCAGUCCCCUGUUUCGCUUAUACUGCUGUGGAUCACACUCAAAAAGUCAUUGCAUUGUCGUUUAGAGGGACUCAAAAUAAUCUUCAACUGGCUGAAGAGCUGAUAACCUACUUUUACAAUUCCCAACGGAAAUUCUCCACGCACGGCGCCAUCUUCUCCUUCUUCUACGACGCCUUCUUCUUCAUCUGGGACGGCGGUCUCCACGUGGAUAUUCUGAAUCUUCAGAAGACGUAUCCAAACUACGAGCUAUGGAUAAACGGACACUCUCUGGGCGGUGCAUUGGCAUCAGUCGCAGCGAGUCAUUUGGUAGAUCAAAAAAUAUUCCGAGCAGAAAAUAUCAAGCUGGUGACAAUGGGACAACCACGGACAGGCGACUACGACUACGCUCUCUGGCAUGAUCAAACAUUUCCGUAUUCCUUCCGAAUCGUCCAUAACAGAGACAUCGUCCCCCAUAUUCCUCCUCAAUUGGGUCCCGGAUACAGUCUAUUUCAUCAUCGGACUGAAAUCUGGUAUCCGAAUGAUAUGGAAAUGGGCGCCCCGUUCCAGAAAUGUGAAUCUGCCGAUGGGUAUUACUGUAGUGCCACGUUGGAUUUCAAUUUGAGUUAUGAGGAUCAUGGAUUUUAUUUUGUGAAGGAAAUGCCGGCGUGGGGCGGGGCGGGGUGUCCUACUUUGUGGUUAAAGUAG